AUGGGUAAUCAUUCUCGAAGCCUGUUCAGCACCUGGGUCGCACUGUUCUUGUCCCUUGGUUCAAUAGCGUGUGCUUAUGUCACUGUCAUCACAGCGACCACACUUGCCCAACCAUCCUUUAUCGCUGUCAAUGGAGUGUACGUCUCUGGGGCCUUGUUAAGAGGUCUUCUCUCAUCACAGUCUUCCGACAUCUUGGGCCGCAGAAUAUCUGUGUUUAUCUCCGCUGCUCUGUCCCUUCUCGGUGGAGCUCUACAAGUUGAGUUUGUCCACAUUGCCAUGUUCAUUGCCGCUCGGUUGGUGGAGGGUCUCGGAAUUGGAUCAUUAUUUGCCGUGACCCCUCUUUUCCAGAGCGAAGUGUCUCCUCAAGCCCCCGGCCUGAUAGUGGGUCUCCACGGGAUUUUCAUUUCCCUGGGCACUAUCUUGUGCGAUUGGAUAGGCUUUGGUUUCUAUUUUGUGAAUGCUGGGGGAUCGCAGUGGCGAAUACCUCUAGCCAUCCAAUAUGUACCAACCUUGAUCCUUGCCUGUGGCGUUUGGUUUAUACCCGAAUCUCCUCGUUGA